UUCCCAUUUCUCGAGUUGCCAGCGCUGAAAUCCGAAGCACAGCCGAAUCCGAACACGGCAGUUGAUCCUGCCCUUGGCGAAAUCUACUAUCCAAAGCCAAAAUCGUAUGUUGAAGAGCAGGAGAAACUUCUGGAAGCAAAUCCACCACCACCGAAGACGCCAUUCGCUGAGACAGAACUAGCGGAUGUCGCCGAAGAAGAAGUCGAGGCACACACGGGAAAUCCGUUUGACAAAAUCAAAACUCGACUAGGAUAUCCGGAAAGGCAACGAGUGCACGCUGCAAAAACCCACACAUUGAAAGGCCUGAAAGGCGGAAAGUUUUUUGAGACCGCAUUUAUAAAGUAUUUACUUGCUGUACUAUUUCUGAGUGAGGACGCCGAUUUGCUGCCGUCGAAAGACUCUACUGGAGAAGGAGAAGAAACAAACGAAGGGUUCAUCCAACAGACAUCAAAAGAAAAAAGCGUCGAUCACAUCGAAGAAACAAUUCCCUUACAGAACUUGGCUGCAGCGACUAAUCGCGUGCCGCUGUCGCAGUUGGGACUCUCGGAAAAAGAGAUCUACGCUCUUUGCGCGAGGUUCGCUCCAGUCGCUGCCAAGCACUGCUACGUUUCAAAAGUCGAGGAGCAGUUCUUGGAGAAAUGUCGCGGAUAUAAUCAGGACUGCGCACAGUUCCAAGCUAAGGCGCGCCCACUUGGUGCGAUCGCGAACGCCUUCUCGUCAGGUGUCGGUCUGACUUACUACAACUGGGAUGUGAAUGGAAUACCGUACUAUGCAGUGAACGAAGAAGGUUCAAUCGGAAACGGGCAUACCGGCAAGGUCGAUUUCGGCUCAUGGGGAGGAGGCUAUUCGAGCAAUGUGGGUGUGCGCGACUAUUUCUCACAGACUCAAGAAUAUGGAGCAAACUGGUAUGAGGGAUUAUACGGGUACAAGACUGGAUGGAGUAUUCCAGUUGUUCAAAGCGUGGGAGUUGAAGGAGGCGGUGGAACUCAGGUACACGUUCCACUAAAAGAAGGCGAACUCGGACGUCCAAUCCAGGCCACUAGUGGCUAUCAUGUGGGACCAUAUUUCGGCUACGCUGAUAGAGUCGGUGUCGACUGGUACAACGGUGGUGUCUCCUUCAACAGGGGCGUCUCCAGUCCCUUCGUGGGAAUCGGCGUCAGCUCGGGCACCGCGAUAGGAUUCCCUUCUAUUGGUACGAUUAUGAGCCGAGUAGGAGUCAAAGACAUGGAUCAACUGGCCCAGAUGGUCGCCGCAGGAGCGCAAACCCAACAAGUGACCGCUAUCGGCGGG